ACUGCAAAGUACUGCAAACCAAAAUAAUAAAACUAACAUGCACAAGUUAAAAAUGUUAUGGCUAUGUACCCUUUUAUGCUUAUAAGCAAGAAAUGUGGAAAUAACUAUUCAAGAAAUGCAAGGAGGAUUGACCGAUAAAAUUUAAAUAGCAUAGGGUUAGAAUUUGCGUUGUGAUCUGAAAUAUAACUUUUGAUUUUACUGACCGGUGUUUAUGAUAUGUCGUAAACGACAUAAAGUUUAAAUACAAACUACCCAACUCUUUCAAAAUACUCUUUACCAUAACAUAAUAUUCGUACUACUGCAGCAUAAACCACAUACCUGCGGCGUCAUAAUGAACCUCUCAGAUACAUCAGAUGAAGGUUCCAGCAGUGAAGAAAGCAGAAAACCAGCGAAGUGCUCGAGAAGCAAUACAUAUGGUGCAUCUUCAACUACAUCACAUGGAUCUGCAAUACAAUCGGAAGAUGAACCUGAUACAGCAAAUGAAUAUCAUUCAAACCACAGUACAAAACGAAGAAAAACCGAAAUAGAAAAUAGCACAGAUCGAAAUGUGAGAUUAAGCAGUAGGAGCAGUAUAAGUGAAAACUGCUCGUCGCCCGGCGAACACUUUGAAGAUUACCGUCCUGUAUUUAAUGACAACGAUGAAGACCAAGAGGAGAACGCAUUACGACCAAGCUUUCAAAAUUCUGAUACAAAAUUUAACAAAUCUGUGAAUGACAUGAAUGAUCCCGAAUAUGCUUAUACUGGAGAAUAUUCAGAAAAGUCCAAGCGAAUGAUGAGUAAUAUGGGUUACAAGCCGGGUAAAGGUCUUGGUAAAUUUGAACAUGGACGAACAGAGCCCGUUGAAGCUUCUGCACAAAAAGGCCGAAGAGGAUUGGGCUUAAAACCUUCUAUUGUUGGUAGUGUACCUGAGGACUUUAAAUGGACUCCAGAUGAAUCCAAACCAGAGGCAAAAGAAAAAGUUAUCUGGAUGAGUCCCGCCCCAGAUGAACCGCUUUCUGGUGACCAGUUGGAGGAAUGGUUGAAGAAGGGAUCAAAAAAGUUGACUAUAGAUGACGAAACAGACUUUGUAGAACCCCAUAUUCUAAAAGGAGUUUUGAAAGCAAAGACAAUCUUUGAUGAUUUAGAUGACGAAGAUCUGAGGCAUGCUCGUUUUAGAAGCAAUCCAUAUGAAACUAUUGGUUCAGUGAUAUUUUUAAACCGGGCUGCCGUUAAAAUGGCGAACAUAGAUGCAGUUUGUGAUUUUGUCUUCACUAAUCCAAAAAAACAAAAUGGAGAAGAGGUCAUAGACAAAAAAGAGAUCUUGUAUUUUGCUGAUGUAUGUGCUGGUCCUGGUGGCUUUUCAGAAUACAUUCUAUACCGUAGAGGGUGGAGAGCAAAAGGAUUUGGUUUUACUCUAAAAGGACCCAACGAUUUUAAGCUAUCUGACUUUUACGCUGGACCACCAGAAACAUUCCACCCCUAUUAUGGUACGAAAAACGACGGUAACAUAUUCGAUCCAUCAAAUCUAAUGUCACUAAAGGAGCACGUUUUGCAACAAACUGAAGACAAAGGCGUACAUUUUUUAAUGGCCGAUGGGGGAUUUUCAGUAGAGGGACAGGAAAACAUUCAAGAAAUUCUUUCGAAGCAGUUGUAUUUGUGUCAAUGCCUAGCAGCAUUGAUGCUCGUGAGAACCGGCGGCCAUUUUGUGGUGAAACUAUUUGAUGUCUUCACACGGUUUAGCAUUGGCUUGAUCUACAUUAUGUACAGAUGUUUUGAUAAAGUUUGUAUUCAUAAACCAGUGACUUCCAGACCUGCAAAUUCUGAGAGGUACCUGAUUUGUCUGUGGAAGAGGUCAUGGACCGAGUCAGCAGAACAUCACCUUUACACUGUGAACUCGAUCCUAUGGAACAGUACUAACAGUGAUAUUGAUAUUUUAGAACUAGUUCCUAUUGACGUCAUACAGGAAGAUACUGAAUUUUUCGAAUACGUUUACAAGAGUAACUGCAUUCUCGGCGAAAGGCAAAUACAAAAUUUACUUAAGAUAGCUGCAUUUAGCAAACACAAAAUUUUGAAAGAAAUUUAUCAAGCUGAAAUGAAAGAACAGUGCUUGCAACUCUGGAAUUUGCCAGAUCAAGUCAGAACUCAACCAAAACGCCUCAAUCCCGAUGAAACAUUAAAAAACAUUUUGUCCACAUUAAAAACACCCAAUCCUCACAGUCUGUUCAAUUUCAAAACGAAUAUAUUAAACAAGAAACCUGAAUACAUAGAGGUGGAAGGUGAUUUGACAAAUUUCAAGAAUGUAUACGACUGGCACUUCAUGUUCCUGAGCAGCGGUAAAAAUUGUCCCGAUUUAAAAAUAUUCAUAGGUUGCGGUGGAAAACAAGUUUUUCAACUAUUCACUGGAAUCAAGCGGAUGGAGAGCGUUUAUAGCUUGGCAACUAAAGCUACGGCAGGCUAAAGUUCGGUUUACGGAGAAAUCGUUAAAGAAUAUCGUGGCCAAGGCAACAAUCAGAUGUACAGCAAAUCUUUACAUAUUGUGGACGCACUUAUGUUGGGAGGAGUUGAUAUCUCUGGAUACCCCUUGAAUGAAAGGAUAAACCAAUGCAACAUAUUUUGCACUGCCCUAAGUAAGCCCUUUGAUGCUCACGUACUUCAAGUCAGAUGUAAGAAGAUGUUCGGCAUGGAACACUUUGCUUCGGUAGUCAACAAUCUCGAAUACAGAGCUAUGAAGCGAGUGAAGAGAGCCGUUACAAUUGAUGCGCCGGAUCCAUUGCGCAGAAACGAAAUGUUUUACGUGGUUGGAUCUGUGCUUUUCUUGAAAGAGAUAAAAGAGCCCUGGUCAUCGCAGCUAUCGAAAAAAAGUGGUCUAAAAUACUAUUUUAGUAUAGGUAAAGAUAGGAAACCUCGUAGUGAAUAUUACAUUCUGGAAGAAGCACGAUUAGACAUGAUAGAGACAUUCAGCAGUCGCCUCAUGUGGUCCUGGGACGGAGCCGCUAGUGCGAUACUCGAUGCUCAACAACAUUCCGGCCUCACGAGAGCCCAACUGGAGGAGUACAUUGGUCAUAAUAUCGAUAGAUAAUGUACAUGGCCGUUUUAAAAUAAAAACCUUCUUUAUAAAC